UAAAAGCCAAGCUGUAAACGCCAGAUCAAAAGGCUAAAUACAAAACUCAGUGCUUUGUAAAUGUCCAAGAUCCAGGAGAUGUGGAAGAGAAAGAUGUGCAGAAUAUAUGGGGGUCCCAGCACUGAGGAAGGAUCUUGAUCAUCGACUCCUCCAAGAAUGCACCACCAAGUCAAUGUACAUGAGUGCCUUUGCAAUGACAUUGAGUGACACCCAGCAGUUGCAGUUGGUUCACCAACAGAAACACCAGACAGCAGGGAUGGCAGCUGGCAAAUGUCUUUGAGGAGGAUCAUGAAAAGAUCCCGGGACCCUGUUUAGGACAUCGUAAGAUAACAGCAUGCUACUCCCUUCUUAUGGUGGUCUGCCAAACUUCUACUGAACAGGGAUGUUAUGUCAACUGCUGAUGGACCAGUGGCAGGAUCGUAUCACUUAAGACUCUAGGAAGGAUACAUCAGCUCAAAGUGAAGCCAACCUUCUUAGGAUGGAAACACCCUGAACUUGGGUGACCAGGUCUACCUUGGUAGACCAAGGCUCGAGUUUUACCUCUAUUUGUUCUACUGUGAUCGUGGACAGAAUUCACAAUGACAGCAGUAACAGUGACCGCAGAAUUUCCCUCAAGGGGUAGCAGAGAAGAUAACUCUGCCUUGUAUGAGUCUACAUCGGCUCACAUUGUUGAAGAAACUGAAUACGUGAGAAAGAUUCGAACUACUCUGGAAAAGAUCAGAAAUCAAAUGUUUAAAGAUGAAGUAGGACAGAACAGUACAAAUCACAAACUAGAUGCAAAGCACUGUGGAAAUGUUCAGAAUGGCCCUGAUUCUGAAAUGAACUCUUCCUGCUGCAGUCUGGACUUGCUCUUGAACGAAAUGAGAGGAAAAGAUCUACAGCUCUUAGAAAUGAACAAAGAGAAUGAAGUGUUGAAAAUCAAGCUGGCAGCCUCCAGAGAAGCAGGAGCAGCAGCUCUAAGAAACGUGGCCCAGAGGUUAUUUGAAAACUACCAAACACAAUCUGAAGACCUGAGGAGAAAGCACGAGGACAGUACACACUUGCUCCAGGUUAACAAGCUUGAAAAAGAACAGAAAUUGAAACAACAUGUUGAAAAUCUGAACCAAGUUGCUGAAAAACUUGAAGAAAAACACAAUCAAAUCAUAGAGUUGGAGAAUCUUGUACAGAGAAUGGAAAAGGAAAAGAGAACACUGCUAGAAAGGAAACUGUCUUUGGAAAACAAGCUGCUGCAACUCAAAUCCAAUGCUCCAUAUGCUAAAAGGUGCCAGGAUGUUCAAAUGGAGAUUUCUAUUCUCCAGGAGCAGAUCUCGCAUUUGCAGUUUGUGAUUCAUUCUCAGCAUCAGAACCUGCGCAGCAUCAUCCAGGAGAUGGAAGGAUUAAAAAAUACUUUAAAGGAACAAGAUAAAAGAAUUGAAAAUCUGAAAGAAAAGGUCAACAUACUUGAAGCCCAGAAUAAAGAACUAAAAACCAAGGUGGCACUUUGGUCUGAAACUGCUAGGACAAAAGUAUCUAAGGCUGUCUCUACAAGUGACCUGAAGACUGAAGGUACUUCCCCGUAUUUGAUGUUGAUUAGGCUGCGGAAAUGAACUGGAUGAAGAUCUGAUUGAAAAAGAUUAUGUGGAUCUCAUGUAUUCCUUGAAAUACAAUUAGAUUGGAUUUAGAGACAACAUUUAAAAUAUUCAUGUUGAAAUGGCACAAUGCCUGUAUUUAAGUGGAAUUUAUUAUACAUCAGUAGCUUUGCAGGAAGGUAAUCAAAUAAAAUCAAAUAAAUAUAAAUAUUUAUAAUCAAAUAAAUAUAUUUGAGGGAAACAAUUAUUUUCCCCAAAUCAGAUAAAUAUAUUUGAAAAUCAAAUAAAUAUAUUUGAGGGAAACAAUUAUUUUCCCAAAACUUUAAAUUGGUGAAGAAAUCAGGUGAUUAUGCAUAAUGGAAAAUGAAUUCUGCUUAAAACUUAAAAAAAAAAAUCUAAAUUGGGUUUUCAGAGUUUUGCUACAGGAGGUCUUUUAUGAUCAACGGCUUUGAUCUCAUGUUAGUAGUUUUUAUAUGAGUGAAUAGAAGGAAGAGUGUGUAUAUAUAUAUAUAUAUUUAUAUAUGUAUGAAUUGAAAUGAUAUAUUUUAAAUUUAUUUUUAGAUAAUGAGAAAUAGUUAUCAUUACCUAAAUUCAUCUCUUGAUCCAUUGUUAGUGAGAGAGUGUUAUUCUCUACUGAAUUAUGGGCAGGGGAAGGAGUAGAUUCUUUUUUUUAAAAUUUUAUUAUUUUUGGUAGCUGGAAUCAAACUCGGGUCCUUGCGCUUGCGCAGCAGGCAGCGAAACCACUGAGCUAAAUCCCCGGCCCAGGAGUAGAUUCUUUUAAGCUAACUCCCUAACCAAUAUUGCUCUCCAAAGUUGAGAACACUGACUACCUCCCCAUACCUUAGAAAUGCACUGAUUUUAGUUGAUCUGGGUUGAAAAAUUCCUUAUGAGAAGCAAAGCACACACGUAAAUGCACAGGGCUGUGUACAGUGUACUCUUCCUCUGUGACUAAUUUUCUUAUUGAUAUUCAUUAAUAUCUGUAUAAAAUAAUAAUUCUGCUAACACAUACCACCCCGAAACACAUCUAUUGUGGAUUUAAAUGGAAUGAUACUUGUAGUUUCUGUGAAAGUGUCUUUAAGUUUUGAUCCAUACCUUUAUUACAAAUGGAAUUUGUGAUUGCUGAGUAAAGCCAAACUCUGACCUGUGGAAAUGCAAACAUACUGACACUCAGAAAGCAGCCUACACUUUAGUUAGAUGAAUAAGGACAGACCUCAGUCACCCAAAGGAGAAUUGUUUGUAGGCUUCUGAUCAUCCUCUCUUGUGUGUAACUCCAAAUAUUUUCUUGGGAAGGAUGUUUCCAUCCUUUCAACAUGGAAAAUAAAAAUCUCAGUAUUAUCUAUUAAAUAUUUUAAAAGUAUGUAGAAGUAAGAUGAGGUAAUGUAUUUUUAAGUUCAUCCAAGUACUGUAAUCCUUGAAAUGUUGCACAAGCAUUCUGUGUGAGUUUCCUGCUUGAAGAUGUCUUAGCAAACAUUUUUAUUGGUUGCAAGUUCUUAGCAUAUAGUUAUCUAAUACAUUUAGGGCAUAUUAUACUAUGCUGGAAAAAAUUCUAAGCACUUUACCUUUUGUUUUCUCUGAAACUCUCAAAAGCAGGCCAUAGUAUUAUCCCUGUGUUACAGAGGAAGAUGUGUUGAGAUUGGUUAAGUAAUUUGUAGAACUGCUAACUGUGGGUAAGGAUUUGCACCUUUUGACUUGGCUAUUUAUAUUCAUUCAAAUACCUUCUCUUGUUAUGUUAGCAUGUGACUUCUUUUUAUCUCCCUGCAUUAUCCUGUGGAUGAUAGAAACAACACUUAUUGAUAAAGUCAGUAUUUCUUGAAAUGAGUUGGCCUUUUACCUGUUAGAUUACUGUCAUGAGAAUUCAGUUUAAACAAAAUUCUCUGCAAAAGAAUCUGCUUAUAUUACAUUUAUUAUUUAUGACUUUAUACCACAUUUCAAGAAGAGUUUCUUUGUAUUCCAUUUUUGAACACAUUUGUAGGGAAAUUGAGAGCAUGAAUUUUGUUUCAAGCUUUAGCAUUGUAGUAAAACAAUUGAACUUUCACUUGAAGAUCACUUUGGUUCCUCUUAUACCUCAGUCAUCCAAUGGAAUAUAAUAAAUUUGAGAUUUUUGCAGUGUUCAAACAUACCCCCAAAUCUUGAUGAUUUCCAUUAGAAUAGUUUAUUCUAAAGUCAAAGGUAGAAAGAUACUGUGGAGUUUAAUUUUGGUUUUAUUAUAUUAUAUUUUAAUACGGAGGUACAGUUUAACAUAGUGCAGCUGAGACCUGCACAUCAGAACUCCAGGUUCAUUUUGAAAUGGUCUUUGGAUUUCCUGAAAGUAACAAUAGUCAGUUUUAGAAGCCUGAGAAGAUCUAACUCUUCAAAUACAAGAGAAUCUUUAUAGUAAGAUAAUAUUUUUAUAGGCUUAUCAUUUAUUUGUCACAUAUUUAUUUCUUGUGUCCUUAUUGUUUUAGCUUUUUAUCAUUUGAAUUAUAUUUUAAAUAAACAUUUGAGUGAUAAAGCAAAAGACUACAAUGGGGAAUGAAAUCUAUUAGCCUGAAAUUAUAACUGUACAGAAAAUAUAGGAAAAGAAAUACCAAUUAUAGUUCAAGAAACUAUACUUCUAAAUAUGCUAAUUAAUGUCUGAAGGAGCCUUUAAGUUUAUACAUGAAGUCAUGAAAUGAAGAGGAGCUCAGUAGUACUUUGAUUGUAUAUCCAUAUAAACACAAGUUGUUGUUAAGUAUUUGAACAACAAAAAUUGAGAUAGUAUAUCCUUUGAAUAAUUGCAUAUAAAAUGCCUUGUAAUAAAGAGAAGUAAUGUUACA